AUGGUUCUUCCGACCCGGGCCCCGGUCCCGGCCUCAUCGAGCAGCGGGGAACGGCGCGGCGCGGACCGGACGGCUCUUCCUCUCGCGCCGGCCAUGGAGCGGCGAAGGGAUCCGGAAGACGGGGGCGCCUACACGUAUGAUGAGAUCCUCGCCCACUACACGGCCGAGGGUUACAAGAAGAAGGAGGUGAAUGCCUACUGGGAACAGGAAUGCACUCCUGUGAAGGGGAAGAAGGUGAAUGCUGAGCCAAAAGCCAAGGCAAAGGCGAAGGCCGAGCCGAAAGCUAAAGCAAAGGCGAAGGCCGAGCCAAAGGUUAAGGCCAAGGCCAAGGCCUCUCCGGCACUCCGGGGCUCUGUCAAGGCGGAGUCCGAGGGCGCCGCCGUGCUGGCAUCGCCGGGGCGGCUGCCACGCGCGCGGGCCGUCAUGCACGCCAUGAAGCGGCGGGAGUUAGACUGGCGGAUUGGCUGCGUAGUCUAUCAGAUCUACGUGGAUCGCUUUGCGCCCUGUGCCAACUUGGAGGCCAAGAAGAGCCUCUACCCCGAGGAGGGCACCUUCCACACGUGGUCCGAGCUGCCGAAGGGGGGUCAGCUUGUGGAGUCGGUGGGCUACUACAGCAAUGAGCUGGCCUUCUGGGGCGGGGACCUGCCGAGCUUGACCGGGAAGCUGGACUACAUCAACGACCUAGGCGUUGACGUGAUGUACCUGCAGCCGGUCACGAAGAGCUUCUCGAACCACAAGUACGACACCACGGACUACAAGGAUUUGGACGCGCAGUAUGGCACGGACGAAGACUUCAAGACCUUGGUGGAUGCGCUCCACGAGAAGGGCAUGAAGCUGGUCCUGGACUUUGUGUUCAACCACUGCGGAAAGCGCAGCAACCUGGUGCAGGAAGCGUUGAAGGACAAGGAGUCUCCGAAUCGGAAGUUCUUCUUCAUGGGCGACGAAUACCAACCGCAUGGCUACAAGGUCUGGGGCUGUGCGCCCUCCUUGGUCGAACUGGCGCUCGAGUCGAAGGAGGGCCCUUGCUGCGGUCCGUGGGCGGAAUGGGUGGCGGAGCUGCAGAACUACCUGUGGGCCUCCAAGGACGGUUCCUGCGAGUUGGCGUCAUUCGCGGCUGACGGCUUGAAGGGCUCGACUUGGGAGACUCACUGCAACAGUCAUCAGCACUUGCCUCUCCCAGAGAAGAGUGAGGUCCAAGUGGCCAUACAUGCCGCCACCAACGAUGUGAACAUCUUCUCCGACUCGGCCCUGGCCACCUGGCUGCGCCGCGGCGCCGACGGCGCGCGCCUGGACGUGGCCUCGGAAAUCGGCCUGGACUUGUUGUCCUCCAUCACCCGUGCAGCGCAUCGACACAAGAAGGGCAGCCUGGUGGUGGGCGAGGUCUGGGCGUACUCGCCCCAUUGGACAUCCUGCAUGGAUGCAGUGCUCAGCCUGCACCUGGGUGUGCUCAUCUACGGCUUGGCCGAGGGCACUCUGCCGGGCCCGUCAGCUGCCCAGAGCCUGGCGCGGAUGGUGGCCGACUCCUCCAUCGAGGAGGUCUUGAAGUGUUGGAUCGUGGUGAGUAACCACGACAUGCCACGGCUGGCGCACCGGCUGCCGGACCUCAAGGCGCGGAAGUUUGCGCAGGCGCUGCAGUUCACCUGGCCGGGCUGCCCGCUGAUCUACUACGGCGAUGAGCUGGGCCUGGAGGGGGGGUGA